AUGACUUGGCCGAAAUAUUCAUCUAACAAAUCAACUGGUCUCAGAGCUAAGCUUUUCUCUAAAAAGAAAGAUUAUAACAAAUUCACUGACGCUGGUGACUUUUUCCCUAAACAUCUUGCUUCUGUUAAAGAUGUUUUUGGAAACGAACCUGCUACCAACCCUUUUGAAGACCCGUCUACGGUUUAUGACUCUGAAGAUGAAGAAUUAAAUAUGAAGAUUAUGGCUUUUCAGGCUCGAUAUAAAAUAGUGGAGUCUCCAUUUAGUGAUUAUGUUAGCGAAAGAUCCUCAGUUUCUUCCACUAUUUCUCCUGAGUCCGCUAUGGAGAAAAAGUCUCAAAACCCAUUUUCCCAAAAAAAUGAAGGGUUUGAAACCAAUUUCAUUAUUACUCCUAUAGACUCAAUCAGAGAUUUCCCCAGUUUCAGUGAGGAGUCUUCAUCAAGAAACAAAAAUUUGGAAAUAGUUGACCCCAGCGUUUUUUGUUAUACAGAUGAUGAUGAAUCCUAUAUGGCUACAUUUGAAGUUAAGAAGCCAAAGACUUCGCUUAAAGCCAAGUUUCAAAGAACAUUCAAGAAGGUGUUCCACUUGACGAAUUAA